AUGCAAUCACAGGAAAAUUACUCCAACGACGACUGGGCCAACGAGACAGAUUCAGAUAAGGCCUCAUAUAGCAGCGAUAGCCUACGAGAGUUGGUUGUGCCAGAUGCAGGCUCAGACUCGGGCUCGAAUAGCGACUAUGAACCGGGUCGUGGCGACAUGGAUAGCCAACGGAGUAGAAGUGGGGAUGUUGACAAGCAGGACCAGAUCUCCGGAGAAGACGACUCUCGCGGACAACCUGAUGGAUUCAUGCAAGUAACCGCAGCGUUAUCUGAGCUUCAGCAGUGCGUAGCGUUCCUACGACACUCGAUGGAGUUGUUACGAAAAAGCCUUCAUCGUUUUAGCGAUAAAUUGACCGCCGGGGCCUUCCCGUCCCUGACUAUCCGUGACGGAACUCCAGCUUAUCUGUAG